GAUCUGACAGGCGGGAUGACAGAAGCAUCUCUCACCUCUGCUGCUCCUGUCGACCAAUCAGCGCGCUCCGUCCUGCACAGCCAGACCCGCUGCCAGCCUGAACACUCCCUCCUCCUCCUCCUCCUCCCCCUCUACUACACAUUAAAGCACAAACCCGCUCCGCUCUCAGCCCACUCCCACAUCUCCAGCCUCCGUCAGCGCCUCCGCUCCUCUCUCCUGUGCGAUUCAUCUUGCAAACUAGCCAUCAUGGUUUCCCAUAAGGAGUUCGUGGGUGCAGGAAAGCAGCCGGGGCUGCAGGUGUGGCGCAUCGAGAACUUGGACUUGAAGCCGGUUCCUAAGGCCCUGCAUGGCAGCUUCUAUACUGGGGACGCCUACCUGCUGCUCUUCACCACCUCAGCCCCUUCAUACAACAUACACAUGUGGCUGGGAGAUGAGUGUUCCCAGGAUGAGUGUGGAGCGGCGGCCAUCUUUGCCACACAGCUGGAUGACUUCCUGGGCGGUGGGCCGGUGCAGUACAGGGAGGUGCAGAACAACGAAUCCAACACCUUUCUGGGGUACUUCAAGUCAGGAAUCAAGUACCAGAAAGGGGGCGUGGCCUCAGGUUUUCAGCAUGUGGUGACCAAUGACAUGAACGUGAAGCGCCUGCUGCAUAUCAAGGGUCGGAGGGCUAUCAGAGCCACAGAGGUGGACAUGGCCUGGUCCUGCUUCAACAAGGGAGACUGCUUCAUUGUUGACUUGGGCAAGGACAUCUAUCAAUGGUGUGGCAGCGAGUGCAACCGUUUUGAGAGGCUGAAGGCCUCUGAGCUCGCCAUCCGCAUCAGAGACGAUGAGCGAAACGGCAGAGCCAAACUGCACAUAGUGGAGGAAGGGGAAGAGCCGGCAGCAGUCAUAGAGGCUCUGGGACCAAAAUCCGCCAUCGCCCCGAGCACUCCGGAUGAUGACAAGGUGGACAGCUCCAACAGGAAGAAGGGUGCCCUCUACAUGAUCUCUGAUGCAAGUGGUUCGAUGAAGGUGACCAGCGUGGCUCCAUCCAGUCCCUUCAAACAGGCCAUGCUGUCUCCCGAGGAGUGCUACAUCCUGGACAACGGCGUGGACAGGAACAUCUUUGUUUGGAAAGGUCCCAAAGCCAACAUGUCAGAGCGUAAAGCAGCCAUGUCAGCAGGUCAGCAGUUCAUCAAAGACAAGGGCUACUCCAGUAAGACACAGAUCCAAGUGCUUCCUGCCGGAGGUGAGACGACUCUGUUUAAGCAGUUCUUCUGUGACUGGAGAGACAAAGACCAGACUACAGGCCCCAGUAAGGCCUACACCAUCGGCCGCAUAGCCAAAGUGGAGCAGGUGCCCUUCGAUGCCUCCACCCUGCACACCAACAGGGCCAUGGCAGCCCAGCAUGGCAUGGUGGAUGAUGGCAAAGGCAAGGUCCAGAUUUGGCGUGUUGAGAAUGGUGAAAAGGUGGCUGUGGAUCCCUCCUCCUAUGGUCACUUCUAUGGUGGAGACUGUUACCUCAUCCUCUACAGCUACAGACAGGGAGGCCGCGAGCAGCACAUCAUAUACACCUGGCAGGGCCUGAAGUGCACACAGGAUGAGCUGGCAGCCUCUGCGUUCCUCACGGUGAAGCUCGAUGACUCAAUGGGAGGAUCCCCGGUUCAGGUGAGAGUGACGCAGGGCCAGGAGCCUCCACACCUGAUGAGCCUGUUCCAGGGCAAACCCAUGAUCAUUCACAGCGGAGGGACGUCACGCAAAGGUGGACAGUCGCAGGCCGGCAGCACUCGCCUCUUCCACAUCAGGCAGAGCUCGUCCCAGGCUACCCGUGCCGUGGAGGUCGAAGCCUCUGCUUCCAAUCUGAACACCAACGACGUGUUUGUGCUGAAAUCCCCGAGCGCCUUGUUUGUCUGGCGGGGCGUGGGUGCCAGUGAUGAGGAGAUGGGGGCUGCCAAGCAUGUGACAAGCUUCCUGGGUGGCAGUGCCAGCCAGGUGUCAGAGGGCAAGGAACCAGCUGAUUUCUGGUCUGCUCUCGGUGGCAAGAAGGAGUACCAGAGCUCCAAGAGUCUGCAGAACGUGGUCACUUCCCCACGUCUGUUUGGCUGCUCCAACAAAACUGGAAGACUUACCGUUGAAGAAGUACCAGGAGACUUCACUCAGUCAGACCUGGCCACUGAUGAUGUCAUGCUCCUGGAUACUGGAGAUCAGAUCUUCCUUUGGGUCGGCAAUGAUGCUAAUGCAGAGGAAAGGAAUGGAGCUCCCAAAAUAGCUAAAGAGUAUGUGGACUCAGACCCUUCUGGUCGCAGAGGACUGCCCAUCACCACCAUCAAACAGGGAGCAGAGCCUCCAACUUUCACUGGCUGGUUCCAGGCUUGGGAUCCUAAGAUGUGGGAGACAGACCCAUUGGACAGAAUCCGCGCUCGUUUCUGAACACAGAAACCCCCAGGCUCUCUCUACCAAUCUGACUCCUUACCUGUCCAGCACUUCCUAUUGCCUUUUUCUUUCUCUUACCUCCAAUCCCUAAGUGCCAAAACCAAUGUUAUCACUGUUAUCAGGUUGAAUGGCUGCCUCUAUGCCUUGGUCAUGGUGCAGUGCAUCGGACUUCCAAAACGGGAAUGCAAAACAUCGGCGGUCAAAUGGCUUCCUGCAGCAACAUUAUCUUGAAUUGAUAGAAGUGGUUUAUUGAUCUGCUGCAUCCAACAGCUUGUUGCCUUCACGUCUUUAUCUAAGCACAUAAUAUGAAUAGGAAAUCGGGCAAGGAAGCCAUCUUAGACUGCUGGAGAUUUCCUCUGUUUCUCUCUCUCACUGCUUGUCACUGUUCAGAGGACACCAUCAUGCUUCCCUUUCUGUCUGUCCUCUUUUUUUUCAUAUUGAACUAGUAUGUCAGACAGCAACAGUUUCCUACGCUGUGUCUCCAUGUGUUGUGUUUGAUCAUUGGUACUGCGAUGCUGUACACUUAGUAGAAGUUGCAUGCUGCAUAUUUUUUUCACCAUUGUUCUGUGCUUGUGAAUUUUAAAAGGCGUACGGUGGGAUGUACGCGUGUCAGUUGUGUCAACUCUUUAUUACUUGACCCUGAAAUGCUCACAUGGAUGGCUUUUAAAUAAAACUCCCAGUAUUUCAAA